UGCUGCACCUUUUUCGAAAAGGAGAAUAAUUGAAAGGAAAAAAGGAAAAAAAAGGAAAAAAAGGUCUGAUUCCAGAAAUAUAUCCAGCACGAUCUGAUUAGUUCACUCUCAUGCUCCCGCCAUUUCCUUUGCGCUUCACGGAUCGGAUUUGUGGUGUUUUCUAUAGGAUUAAAAACCGAUAUUUAUGGGAGCUUUGUAGAGAGAGCUAAACGAGGACUGGGUGCUCUGCUCUUUCCCAAGGAUGCAAGACCUUAGAGCCAAAAUCAAAAUUGCUGUUCUUAUAACUGCGACUGUAUGGAUCAGCCUUGCUGCUACAUAUGAAAUUCUAAAGCCAAUUUCUAAUGGUUGCAUUAUGACGUACAUGUAUCCAACAUACAUUCCAAUUUCCUCACCGGUUGGCUUGUCGUCAGAAAAAUAUGGGGUGUAUUUGUAUCACGAAGGAUGGAAAAAGAUUGAUUUCAAGGAGCAUCUUAAGAAACUUAGUGGAGUUCCAGUCCUUUUCAUUCCAGGAAAUGGAGGUAGCUACAAGCAGGUGCGAUCCUUGGCAUCAGAAUCUGAUAGGGCUUAUCAAGGAGGCCCACUUGAACACACUUUUUAUCAGGAGGCUUCCAUAGGUAAGGUAGAGAGUGAGACAGGCACUAAUUUGGCUGGCAUGCAGUUGCCUGACCACUACAUACGUAGAUUGGAUUGGUUUGCAGUGGAUCUUGAAGGCGAACACUCUGCUAUGGACGGUGGGAUACUUGAAGAACAUGCAGAAUAUGUAGUACAUGCCAUCCACAGGAUCCUAGAUCAGUACAAAGAAUCUUUUGAUGCCCGAGCAAAAGAAGGUGCUGCUGACUCUGCAAGUUUGCCUAGAAGUGUGAUAUUGGUUGGCCACUCUAUGGGUGGGUUUGUUGCAAGAGCUGCAGUCGUGCAUCCUAGACUUAGAAAAUCGGCUGUUGAAACAGUUCUUACACUUUCUAGCCCUCACCAAUCACCUCCUCUAGCGUUGCAACCAUCUUUGGGUCGGUACUUCACCCGUGUAAAUCAGGAGUGGAGGAAGGGCUAUGAGGUUCAAAUAACCCGAAGUGGGUAUUAUGCAUCUGAUCCUCUGCUUUCACACGUUGUUGUAGUUUCAAUUUCCGGCGGCUAUCAUGAUUAUCAGGUGAGGUCAAAGUUAGAAUCUCUGGAUGGGAUUGUUCCUCCUACACAUGGCUUUAUGAUCAGCAGUACAGGUGUAAAAAAUGUGUGGUUAUCAAUGGAACAUCAGGCAAUUUUGUGGUGUAAUCAAUUAGUUAUACAGGUGUCACACACCCUUCUUAGUUUGAUAGACUCCAAUACAGGCCAACCAUUUUUGGCCACUCAAGAAAGACUCUCUAUAUUGACCAGAAUGCUCCAUAGUGGAAUACCGCAGAGUUUCAAUUGGAAGACCCAAUCACACAGUUCUCAGCAAUCAGCACAUCUUCCUGCUAAAAACGUGGAGGUCGCAUCUGGAUCUGUGGUUCUCUCUCGAGAUGCAUGUCCUAAAAACAUUCAUUGGAGUGACGAUGGCCUAGAGAGGGACCUAUAUAUUCAGACGAGUACUGUCACUGUUCUAGCCAUGGAUGGUCGUAGGCGGUGGUUGGACUUGGAGAAACUGGGGUCAACUGGCAAAAGCCACUUUAUAUUUGUAACGAACCUGUUACCAUGUUCUGGGGUCAGACUUCAUCUUUGGCCCGAAAAGGGAAAGUCUGCUGGGUUACCUUUAAGUAAAAGGGUUCUUGAAGUGACCUCAAAGAUGGUGCAAAUUCCUUCAGGACCAGCACCGAGACAGAUUGAACCUGGGAGUCAGACUGAGCAAGCUCCUCCUUCUGCUGUAUUGAUGUUGGGACCUGAGGAUAUGCAUGGCUUCAGAUUUCUUACAAUUUCUGUUGCACCUCGACCGACUGUUUCAGGCAGACCUCCACCUGCAGUUUCCAUGGCAGUUGGGCAAUUCUUUAAUCCUGAUGCAGGGAGGAAAGAAAUAUCACCUUGGUCAAUGCUUCUUUCCAAGUACCAUAAUGAUGACAUGUUUAUGAAGGAGGAUCAUUCUCUGGUGUUGAACUUAUCAUUCCCAAUUAGCUUAGGACUUCUCCCAGUUACCUUGCAUCUUGAAACAACAGGUUGUGGAAUUAAGAAUUCUGAACUACCAGAUGAUGAAGCUGGUGAUGUCGACAACAGUAGACUGUGUAGACUGCGUUGUUUUCCACCUGUAGCACUUGCUUGGGACGACAUAUCUGGUCUUCAUAUUUUCCCCAAUCUUCAGAGUGAGACAAUUCUUGUUGAUUCUGCACCAGCACUAUGGAGUUCUAGUGCAGGAUCAGAGAAAACAAGCGUUCUAUUGUUGGUAGAUCCUCACUGUUCGUACAAAACAAGCAUUGUUGUCUCUCUCAGUGCAGCUGCUGGGAGAUUUUUGCUUUUAUAUAAUUCACAGAUAGUUGGGUUUUGUAUUGUUGUUAUUUUUUUUGCACUGAUGCGGCAAGCGCAAGCAUGGAAUCAUGAUUUUCCUGUACCUUCAAUGCUGACAGCUGUAGAGUCCAACUUGAGAAUACCAUUCCCAUUUUUUUAUUUGGUCCUUGUACCUAUUUUACUCUCUUUGUUCCUUUCACUUUUAACUUCUCAACCGUUACCUCCUCUGGCUAUCUUCACCACAGUCUCAGUGGUCUGUUAUUCAUUUGCAAAUGCUACUGUCAUUACUCUGAUUUUGGUAUCCCAGCUGAUAUUCUAUGCAAUGGCGGUUGUGCAUGUUUUCAUCAAGACAAGGUGGCAAGUGUUGGAAGGAAAUUUCAGCUUUGUACUGUUUAGGUUGUUUAGCAAAAUAUUUUCGCAUUUUCAAUCAUCAAAGGUCGUAAGAGUGUUGGGAGUCAAUCCGUCACUGGCUACUGCACUUUCUGCUAUUACCAUGGCAUGCUUUAUUCAUCCAGCAAUGGGAUUGUUUUUACUACUCGUUUUCCAUGCUUUCUGUUGUCACAAUGCCCUAUCCAGCCAUGUACGAAGCAAAAAAUUACAAGUUGGAAAUGGUUCUCAGUCCACAUUUCCAUUGCAUGAUAAAGUGAACUUGAAGGAUUCUAUUGAAGACAACAUUUCAACCAGUCCUGGCACUUCAAAAAGUUUCGGGGAGACUCAAUUAGAGAUAUUCCAUCAUUGUCAUGGCUUAUUGAUCUUGCAUCUUGUUGCAGCGGUUAUGUUUGCACCUUCACUUGUCGCUUGGUUGCAGAGGAUAGGGACGAACCAAGGCUUUCCAUGGUUGCUGGAUUCUUUUCUUUGCACUGGAGCCAUCCUCCAUGGUAUCUGCAAUUCAAAACCCGAGUUCAAUUCCUAUUCAUUUUCUUUCUUCGGUUUCUCGCGAAAUGAAGUCAGACUGGAUUUCAUCUAUUUAGCUGCUGGAUAUUAUGCCUAUAUGUGUAGCCUGGCUUUAGCUCCAUAUAAAGUCUUUUACGCCAUGGCCACAAUAGGAGCUAUUUCGUUUGCCUUGAGAAUUUUACAGAGGAGGAACAGGGAGAAGGGAGAGCCCCAUUUUGGCGGUCGAAAGCACUCUCACAGACACUGAGAACAAUGACAGAUAUCAGCCUGAGUUUAAGAACUGGCACUACGCCAGUUGCGCUAGUUUCUUGGUUCUCGAAAAAUAGUGAGAUUCAUCACGGUUUUUGCUGCCAAAACUCGCCGUAGAUGGCGUGUAAUUGCAAGAUAGGGUGAGAACUAGUCCUCAUGAGUCGUACAAGGCUGAGCCAUUUUUUCCACUUGGCCAUGCCUGCUCAUACUUUUUAAGACACAUUUUAGUUGUAUUUUGUUCUGAUACCAAUGUGAGGAGAGUUUACUAGAUUCGCGGCUCAACAGGUAGCUAACUCGACUGUAUACCAUAGGACGUUACAAAGCUGAUGUUGGCAUGGAUCAAGAGGUACACGAUUUGUUUCGUUUUUCGAAAACUCGAACAUUAGCUUCGAAUUACUGCUUUUUUGUGGAAGUGCAUUUGAUCAGCUUUUUUGUGGAAGUGCAUUUGAUCAGUCAAGAUGAGACAAUGAUCUUUUUUUUCCUCA